GCGGAGAAGCCAACCUUUCGCACACACAUCCGGAACAGUGUUGUCAUUGCUCAAUUUCUUGUGGCUGAUUAUGAUUUUGACAUAUUUUGCGAAAACAUGACUUUUCGAGAGGAUUCUGAACAAUCGUGAGGUCGGGUAAUGCAGUGUGCCCUUUUUUCUAUUCAUUUUAGCUGGAAAAGUGUGUAAAGCAUUCGUAAUUGAGGUGUUCUGUGCUGGUAAAUCGAGCCCCUGUAGCCGGUUCGAUUGACUUUUUUUGCAAGAUGGCAAACAACAGCGCCGCUGGAAGCAGGCAGACUACACGGGUCGCUGUUCGGGGGAGAAAGCGGACGCAUGUUACGCAGGUGUAUAACUACAAUGGAGUGCACAAUUCAUAUGAAGAUAAAGACAACGACUUUCUAUGUCCAAUCUGUUUUGAAGUUAUUGAGGAGGCGCAUAUGACAAGAUGUGGACACAGUUUCUGCCGGAGAUGUAUACUGCGAAGCCUGGAAACCAGCAACAGAUGUCCAAAGUGCAAUUUUGUUAUAGAGAAGACUGACCAAAUAUUUCCAAAUUUUGCCUUGAAUGAACUUAUUCUGAAGUAUAGACAAAGAGUUGAAGAGAAAAGGUUAAAACUUGGCCCUCAGACUGGUGGUCCUACACCUGAUGUUCAGGAAUUUAUUCAAGACCAAGAGAAAUGGGAUCUUGCAGAAGUCAACCUCAUGUUAGAAGUACUAGUCAGCAAGAAAAGGAAGCUGGAGAUGGACAACCAGGUAGCCCAGAUCCAGAUCCUAAAAGAUUUUCUUGAUGAAGCCAGAAGGAAAAAGCUAGAACAAAUCAAUGAGCUUUCAGCACAAAUGUCAAUACUUGAAGAUGAUAUCAAGCGAAUAGAAGAGCGUAUGAAGAAACAGAGGCAUGCAUACAAUGCUAUGAUGUCGGCAUUUCCAUUGAAAGCAGUAAAUAGUAAUGAUAUAUUCCUACCAUCAACGAGUCAUUCAGAAACGUCAUCGAAGGUAGAAGGUGUGAAACCAGAUGGACCUCAGGAAGGCUUCAAUGGAAGCAAAAACGGUGGAAGACAACAAUGGUUAGAUUCAACAUUAGCAUCAAGAAGAAAAAAGCUGUACAAUCACUUUGAUGAUUUACAAUCUUGUUAUUUCUCUAUCAGGCAAUCAGAGUUAACUCCAUGUGAAUUAAGAUCGUCAGAGAUGUUAGAUCAGUUUUCUGAGAACCUUUCCAAGUUUACCAAGUUCAGUUCUAUGAGGCCGCUAGCCACACUAAGCUAUGCAGACCCUUACAAUGGCCAGUCAAGUAUAGUCUCAAGCAUAGAGUUUGACAAGGAUAAUGACUUCUUUGCAAUAGCCGGUGUGACCAAGAAGAUUAAGGUGUUUGAAUAUGGUACAGUCAUCAUGGAUGCAGUUGAUAUACAUUACCCGGUCCAUGAGAUGGCAUGCAGUUCAAAAAUUAGUUGUGUAGCAUGGAGUGCAUAUCACAAAGGAGUUUUAGCAAGUAGUGACUAUGAAGGAACAGUAACACUAUGGGAUGCCUUUGCAGGAGUUAAAACACAAUCAUUUCAGGAGCAUGAGAAGCGAUGCUGGAGCAUAGACUUUAAUCGGAUGGAUCCUAAAUUACUUGCCUCAGGUUCGGAUGAUGCUAAAGUCAAACUCUGGUCAACCAAUCAGGAGCAAUCAAUCACUAGUUUAGAAGCCAAGGCUAAUGUGUGCUGUGUUAAGUUCAACCCCACCAAGAUGUAUGGUCUAGCCUUUGGAUCAGCAGAUCACUGUGUGCAUUAUUAUGAUCUUCGGCAUCCCAAGCAACCUCUCAACGUCUUCAAAGGUCAUCGGAAAGCCGUCUCAUAUACAAAAUUUGUCAACUCAGAAGAAAUUGUAUCAGCGUCCACAGACAGUCAACUAAAACUUUGGAAUGUUGACAAGCCACAUUGUUUACGGACAUUCCGAGGUCACAUCAACGAGAAGAACUUUGUUGGUUUAACGUCCAAUGAUGAUUACAUAGCGUGUGGCAGUGAGAAUAACUCUCUAUUUGUCUUUUAUAAAGGCCUUUCUAAGCAGAUUCUCACUUUCAAGUUUGACACAGUUAGAAGUCUUAUGGACAAAGAUAAGAAAGAAGAUGAUUCCAAUGAAUUUGUCAGUGCUGUAGCAUGGAGGACAGGUUCCAAUGUGUUAGUAGCAGCAAACAGCCAGGGAACAAUCAAGGUCUUAGAGUUAGUUUGAUGACGGUUCUUUGUCAUUCACAUCAUUGCCUCAUCUCAAGAGAUAUAUUAUUCCACUUCAUUCAUCAACUCUCUGCAAUCUCUUUGUUAUUAUUAAUAAUAAUUCAGAUUCAUUUAUUUUACACCUCUUUAAAAUACACAAAAAUACAUAAAUACAGAUAAAUUCUUAUACAGCAGAACAGAUAUUGACAAGUAAAAAUUAUAAGUAGUCAUAAACAGAUAGUAAAACACAGUAAAUAAGAAUGAUUUCCGCUGUAUGGCAGAUGUGGGGGAAAGACAGAAAGCCAUUGGCCUAUCGAGGUCUAUCCCCCUGAUUACCGUCUUGAAUGACAGGUCUUGGCUCUAUAUACUUCAUUAAGCCCUCAACAUCAAGUUAUAGUCCACCUUAUUCAUCAACUCUCCGCUUUUCCGUUUGUUUGUCCAAAGUAAUGGAAGUAAGUCCUAAACAUAAAGAUAUAGUUCUCUGCAUUCAUCAACUAUAUCCAUUUUGUUUAUUUGUCAAAACAUGAAAGAAUUUUUGAAAGUUGACUCUACAUUCAUCACCCCCUAACAAUGACAUGUAGUCCACUAUUUUUGUUAACUUUCCCCAGUUUUUUGUUUGUUCAAACUAAUGAAGAUACAUGUAUUCGAAGGUCUUUGUUCUGUAUACUUCUUUAAACCCUCAAUAUCAAGAUAUAGUCCACUAUAUUGUUCAGCUCUCCUAUAAUAUAUAUAUCAUUAUCUUGAUAAUAUUGAGAGGACAUUGCUUGACAUUCUUCUUUACUCCCUUAAUAUUGAAAUAUAGUCCGCAACAUUUUGGACUCUCAUAUUCUGUCUGUUUAACGAAGGUUAUGAUAUUGGAAGCGUGUUUAUAGGGUAUUUGUCAUUUAAUGCAAAACUGUUAUGGAAACUAGUAUUGUUAGUAAUCUGGUUAGCUCCUUUACAAUAUCACAUUUGCUUUGGCAACAAUUGUUCCAAUAUAUAGACACACACAGUAAAGUCAAACUUAAAAGCUUAGAAUAACAGUCUUAUUCUUGCACUCUGAACAAGAACCACAUCACAAUGCUAAACCUUAAAAAAUGACAAAUGAGAAUUUAAGAGGAGUGAUUGUUGCAGGAGUAUAUAUGCCAGGCAUCCAAUUCUUUGUCCUUUCAAUUAUCACAGAUUAUUCAAAAUAAAAAUUCAUAUCUGGAAACAGAAUUUGACUGAUUUUAUCUCCAUCACUUCAAGGUCCAUUCGAUACAGAAUACCAAC